AUCCAAAUGGCUGACCGGACCUGGAAGGACGAAAUUAGAGAGAAGCAAGCUCAGAAAAGAUUCCUUGAAAACAAGAAGAAAGUAGAAGCUAAAGAGAAACUUCACUGGAUGUACAACCAAAAGAACGCAGAUGCGGAAGAGUUCCUGAAGGGAAAAUAAGAUCGAUGCGAAGUUCCUUGCUGACAACGAAGAUUUGAUCAAGUCUCAGAAGCUGAAAAUAUUCCAAACGACUGAUGUAAGCCAGGAUAAUGAAGCGUUUGUUAAAUUUCAUGAAGACCCACUGACGACGAUCAAGCGUGAAGAAAUGAACCAGAGAAAGGCAGUACUUACUAAUCCACUUCAACUUGCCCAAAUUCAGAAGGAAAUAGAUGACCUUAAGAAAGGUAGGAAGAAAUCUAAGAAGAAAUCGAAAAAGCGGUCUAAAAAGAGGCGUAGAAGGGAUUCUAGCUCUGAAUCUGAUAAAUCUUCCUCCAGCUCAGAUUCCUACGAACGCAGGAAAAGAAGGAAAGAGAGAAAAGCUGAAGAGAAGCGUAGAAGAAAGGAAGAUAAAAGAGAACGGAAAAGGCAAAAACAAGAACUAGGUCCAGACCCUGAACUCUACGCUGACCGUACAGCCAUCCAAGAAGAACAAGAUAAACUGAAGAAGGGUAUUGUAGAAGAGAAGAAGGAUAAAGACAAGAAGAAGCUUACUAGAGAAGAACUAGAGCAAAAGGCACUAGAGAUGCAACAGAGAGCCGAUAAUUUAGAAAAGGAGAGAGAUGAGAGAUAUAAGACUGUACUUGCAGUAGGGGAAAAUCCUGAGGGCGAAGUCCCAUCUGGCAAAUCGCAAGCUGAAUUUAUUAAUGAUGUAUCGAAGAAGGCCUUUGUUGAUCAUUCUAUGGACCUCGCAGAACGUAUCACCAGAAAUAGACAUUACAAUGAAAGGAUCAAGCAUGAUUUAUAAAUUCAACAAUGGUUAA